AUGGAAGCAAUUUUAGCGAUUGGUAUUUGUAAGAAUGAAACAAUCACUGGCAAAGUAGAGACUUCAUGUCAUGUCAUGUCAUCUGAUAAUCACGUUUAUAAUCGCUCAAAUGAGAAUAUGCCAUGGCAUAAUAAAGAAAGCUUAAAUACUACAAUGAUUAGCGUGUCGAGCGACUAUUCCCUUCGGAAAAUUUAUAUCGCGUUAAAGGAUGAUCUCGCAAGAGUGUGGCUGCUUCUCUAUGAUCUCUACUUACGUACGUUUGCUAGACGAAAGCCGGAAUUGUUGCCGCUAAAAGACAAGCUCUUCAAGGAAUCGGAAAUGUUAUGUAAGUUUAGAAACGAAUGA